AUGCAAGAAUAAUCUCCAAAUUUCAAGAUGAAACAAAUGACUCCUCUUAGUCUUAAUUAGAAAUAAAUUAUAGAAGAUGAGCCAAACGAUGAAAUAUUUGAGUUAAAUAGCACCAAAAUAUCGUUUAACGAAAAAAUAAUUGUUUGUAAUUAUAAGCCAUGGCAAAAUGUCAUUUAAUUAAGAAAAACGAUAUAAAAAUUAAUGGCAUACAAAGAUAUAAAUUGGAUAAACCCAAUUCUCACUCAAAACCAAAAAAAUGGAAACCCCUCUCGGUCAAUCUUAAAAAAUUAAUCUUCAAAUAAACAUGAAUUUUCCCCUGAAAUUUGA